UGGGUAUUUUUGAUUUGAUUGUUUCGUUGAUUCUUUUUGGAUCAGUUGUUGUAGGAUUUUAUGUUUUUUGAACUCGAUCGAAAGAUCGUGGCAUUUUGAUGCGAUAUGUCGAUUAUAUUGCCGAGGAAUAUUUUAAAAUUGGUUGAGUAGAGAGAUUUAUCCUGAUUUUUUCAAGUAAUUGUUCCUUUCAUUUUUUGCAGUUGCUUAUUCCUUUGCCUCCGAUCCUAUGCUUGGAUCGUGUUGUUCAGAUCAUUAGAAUUAUGUUUUUCCUUUAAUCCGUUCUUUUUUGACCUGCAAAUGGAUUUGCAUGUUGCUGGAUUUUCAGAAAAUCAUACUUUUCAAAACUUGGCAUUUUGGCUUUAGAUCUCUUAGGGUUUUAGAGCCUUCAUGCUAGAAUCUUAUAUGUUUCCUUAUGUAUUGUACAAAAUCGUGGGUUGAAGAUAAUAUACGUAUAAAGAGUCGGAGAGAGAAGAUGGUAUUUUCUGCUAAAUUUUCUGAUUCCUGUUUAUUCUUUGUACUUUUUCAAUUUUCUCUUUGUGUCGUAAUUUAGACCGUCAAUUUCAAUUUAUGGUUCGUCAAAACAAUGUUAGCAUAAUUCUACUUGGUAGCUGUCCUUCUUAGUUUGUGAGGCAGGUCAGUUGGUUUCUCACAAUCCAUGAACUAUUUGUUUCCCCUAAAAUCAUGCAUCAUCAUCUGGCUAUAUAAGCAGGGGAUUGAUCUUUUUUGCCUACCGGCUUGGGUUAUGUAUCUUCAUUCUAAUCUGAGCUCCACUGCAUUGAGACUUUGUUCAAUUCCUUCAAUAUAAAACUUCACCAAUUUCUAUGGGACCAAACCUUGCAAUAACGUGCCAAAAGUCACAUUUUUAGGCCUCUUGUGUAAAGGUCACCAGUAAUGCAGCUGCCGUGAGUGUUAUGUUUCUUACAGUUCGAAUGACACCGGUUACCGCCAACAUAAUUCUGAAAAUGCAGAGAAGACCGUCUAUUGCUAUUGCUGGGUUAAAAGUUUUGCGUAUACUGUAAUACUUCAUGCUACUUUGUUAGGCAGGUUAGAGGAUGACAAAUUUGGACAUCCAAGCAGGCCAAUUGCCUGUUUCGAGGCUUGAAUAAGUUCUUCUGGCACAGAGUCGAUCAAGAUGGUGGCAAAUGGGGAAGCACCACCUAGGGGAAGCGCUGCGGCUGCCGCAGGUCUGCGGAGGCGGAGGGCGACAGGUGGCGGUGGGGGAGCAGGGGGUGCCAGCACGAUGCUCCAGUUCUACACGGAUGAGACCGCAGGGCGCAAGAUAUCCCCCAACACUGUCCUCAUCAUGAGCAUUGGGUUCAUCGCUGUUGUCGCCGUCCUCCAUGUCUUUGGUAAGCUCUACAGAGGCCCCCAGUAGUUCGGUGUGAGUCAGAUCUGAAUUUGCUCUAGCCUUUUCCCCUCCCUUUCUUUCUUUUACUAUAACAAGCAUUGGCAAUUUAGUUGGAAAAUUCUAUAGAAUAAUUAUUAGUGAGACAUGGAUGAGUGAAUCAGUGAACUUUGUUCCUACAGGAUUGGAAAAUGGAUUUGUUCUUGUCCUGUUAAAUGUCUGUUUAACAUUCAGUUUGAGCCUGUUACUGAUUUAACUAACCUGGUUAAGUGCUGCUAUUCUAUAUUGUGUUCA